AUGGUGCUGUUGUCAGAUUCAUCGUCAAUCAGCUCUUUAUCAUCCGACUCGCCUGAAGCCGAUAACGAUUUCGAUGAUACCGGCGUCGUUGAUGAACCAGCGCCCCCUCCCUUCAAACGACAGAAGCUUGGCGACAGGUCGAGAGCUUCUUCCUCCAUUCAUAUAGAGCCCGAGCCUGAACAAGAAUCAGACCAUGACCUCGACGGCGAUAUCUCGUCAGACACUUCGGGUGACAUACCCAAUUCCCCCAUCAAUGCUAAACUCGAUGAGGACGAAUUCCAGGAACAAGUCACGGUAUGCGCCUGGGACGGGUGUAGAGUAGGCGACUUGGGGAAUAUGGACAGGCUGGUCGAGCAUAUUCAUAACGAUCAUAUCGAGAGCCGUCAGAAAAAGUAUACUUGCGAAUGGAUCGGCUGUCCUAGAAAAAGUUUACCGCAUGCUAGUGGCUACGCAUUGAAAGCUCACAUGAGAAGCCACACAAGGGAGAAGCCAUUCUAUUGUUAUUUGCCCGAAUGUGACCGUGCAUUUACAAGGUCCGACGCAUUGGCGAAACAUAUGCGAACAGUCCACGAGACCGAGGCUUUGCGGCCAUCCGAUCCCGUACCCAAGUCAAUGCAGACCCAGUCCGGCCCCAAGUCCGGAAAGUUGAAGAUCAUAAUCAAGACCCCGCAGUCGCACGCCGCAGGUCAAGACGAUGCCGUAGAUGAUGGCGAUACCGGCUCGGACAUAGCAGACUUCUUUACACCAUUGACGGAGCAACAGGGCUUCUCUAGCAAGGAGCUUACAAUGGAUAUGAAAUCUCUGUACAAGCUGUGUGUGGCAAAUCUCAAGUGGGUGACGAAAGAUAGCGAGUCGCUGAAGCGACAGUGCAAACAGAUGGAAGAGGCAUACAGGCAGGAGUGGCUAGAGAAAGAGGCUCUGUUAGAUCAAGUCAUCCAAAUCGAGGAAGACUGGUGGCAACGACGUGAGUUGGUUCUCGAGGCAGAGGCAAAAACUCGAAUAGCUAAGAAGGGAGAGGGAAGUGUAGCGCCGGAGGAUACUCAGGAUAACGCCAACGGCUCGCAGGUUACUGCGGCCAGUUUAAGCCAGCUCACAGAUUAA